UUUCUCUCGCAGCAUCUUCCUGGGAGCCUGUAGGUGAAGCGGCACCAGGAGCAUCCAUGGCCUAUCUUUGGGGUUAACACUUGUCUCAUUUGGCUUCAGCAGUGGACAGAGCCGACCUCUCGGCAGCGGCGUUGCGAGGACUUGGCUGGGACCUGGAAUCCUAUCCUCCUGUAUUUUUCAGACUCCUUGGAAAUUAAGGAAUGCAAUUCUGCCACCAUGAUGGAAGGAUUGAAAAAACGUACAAGGAAGGCCUUUGGAAUACGGAAGAAAGAGAAGGACACUGAUUCAACAGGUUCACCAGAUAGAGAUGGAAUUCAGCCCAGCCCACAUGAACCACCCUACAAUAACAAAGCAGAGUGUGCGCGUGAAGGAGGAAAAAAAGUUUCGAAGAAAAGCAAUGGGGCACCAAAUGGAUUUUAUGCGGAAAUUGAUUGGGAAAGAUACAACUCUCCUGAGCUGGAUGAAGAAGGCUACAGCAUCAGACCUGAGGAACCCGGCUCUACCAAAGGAAAGCACUUUUAUUCUUCGAGCGAAUCGGAAGAGGAAGAAGAAUCCCACAAGAAAUUUAAUAUCAAGAUUAAGCCAUUGCAAUCUAAAGACAUUCUUAAGAAUACUGCAACUGUAGAUGAGCUGAAGGCGUCCAUAGGCAACAUUGCACUUUCCCCAUCACCAGUGAGGAAAAGUCCGAGGCGCAGUCCGGGUGCAAUUAAAAGGAACUUAUCCAGUGAAGAAGUGGCAAGACCCAGGCGUUCCACACCAACUCCAGAACUUAUAAGCAAAAAGCCUACAGAUGACACUAUGGCCCUUGCUCCCCUCUUUGGUCCACCAUUAGAAUCAGCUUUUGAUGAACAGAAGACAGAAGUUCUUUUAGAUCAGCCUGAGAUAUGGGGUUCAGGCCAACCAAUUAAUCCAAGCAUCGAGUCGCCAAAGUUAACAAGGCCUUUUCCCACUGGAACACCCCCACCACUGCCUCCCAAAAACGUACCAGCCACCCCACCCCGAACGGGCUCCCCGCUCACAGUUGCACCAGGAAAUGACCAGUCAGCCACAGAGGUCAAAAUUGAAAAACUACCAUCAAUCAAUGACUUGGACAGCAUUUUUGGCCCAGUGUUAUCCCCCAAGUCUGUUGCUGUUAAUGCUGAAGAAAAGUGGGUCCAUUUUUCUGAUACGUCCCCGGAACAUGUUACUCCAGAGUUGACUCCAAGGGAAAAGGUGGUGUCCCCACCAACUGCAUCAGACAACCCAUCUGACUCCCCAGCUCCGGGCCCCCCGGGCCCUCCAGGCCCCCCAGGACCCUCUGGUCCUCCUCGAAAUGUACCGUCGCCGCUCAAUUUAGAAGAAGUCCAGAAGAAAAUUGCUGAGCAGACCUUCAUUAAAGAUGAUUACUUAGAAACAAUCUCAUCUCCCAAAGAUUUUGGGCUGGGACAGAGAGCAACCCCACCUCCCCCACCACCACCCACCUACAGGACUGUGGUUUCAUCCCCUGGACCUGGCUCGGGCAGUGGUACGGGGACCACCAGUGGUGCAUCAUCCCCUGCUCGACCAGCCACUCCCUUGGUUCCCUGCAGCAGCACCACCCCUCCACCGCCUCCUCCCCGGCCUCCAUCUCGGCCAAAGCUACCUCCAGGAAAACCUGGAGUUGGAGAUGUGCCCAGACCUUUUAGCCCUCCCAUACAUUCUUCCAGCCCUCCUCCGAUAGCACCCCUUGCCCGAGCUGAAAGUACUUCUUCAAUAUCAUCCACCAAUUCCUUGAGCGCAGCCACCACUCCCACAGUUGAGAAUGAACAGCCUUCCCUCGUUUGGUUUGACAGAGGAAAGUUUUAUUUGACUUUUGAAGGUUCUUCCAGGGGACCCAGCCCCCUAACCAUGGGAGCCCAGGACACCCUCCCUGUUGCAGCAGCAUUUACAGAAACGGUCAAUGCCUACUUCAAAGGAGCAGAUCCAAGCAAGUGUAUUGUGAAGAUUACUGGAGAAAUGGUUCUGUCCUUUCCUGCUGGUAUCACCAGACACUUUGCCAACAACCCAUCACCAGCUGCUCUGACUUUUCGGGUGAUAAAUUUCAGCAGGUUAGAACACGUCCUGCCAAAUCCCCAACUUCUCUGCUGUGAUAAUACUCAAAAUGAUGCCAAUACCAAGGAAUUCUGGGUAAACAUGCCAAAUUUGAUGACUCACCUAAAGAAAGUGUCGGAACAAAAACCCCAGGCUACAUAUUAUAAUGUGGACAUGCUCAAAUAUCAGGUGUCUGCCCAGGGCAUUCAGUCCACACCUCUGAACCUGGCCGUGAACUGGCGGUGCGAGCCGGCCAGCACUGACCUGCGCAUAGAUUACAAAUACAAUACGGAUGCAAUGACAACGGCCGUAGCCCUCAACAAUGUGCAGUUCCUGGUCCCCAUAGACGGAGGGGUAACCAAGCUCCAGGCCGUGCUCCCACCCGCAGUCUGGAAUGCUGAACAACAAAGAAUAUUGUGGAAGAUUCCUGAUAUUUCUCAGAAGUCAGAAAAUGGAGGGGUGGGUUCUUUAUUGGCGAGAUUUCAGUUGUCUGAAGGCCCAAGCAAACCCUCCCCGUUGGUUGUGCAGUUCACAAGUGAAGGAAGCACCCUUUCGGGAUGUGACAUUGAACUUGUUGGAGCAGGGUAUCGGUUCUCACUCAUCAAGAAAAGGUUUGCUGCAGGAAAAUACUUGGCAGAUAACUAAUAAAAUCUUAUGCAAGGAUUUGGAGGAUUCAUAUAAUGGAGAACUGUUGUCUGAGAAACAGGUUUUAAUUUUGGUUUGAUGGAAACAAACCAAAAUCUGCACUUGGGAUAUAUCUGCUGGAAAUGUCCAUGACUUUCAGCAAUGAUUUCCCUCACACAAUACCAUGAUGACCAGUCUUACAGUAUUUACUUCUAGGUGUAAUAUUGUUAAUGGUUUUAAAAUGUAAUUAUUGUAUUUGUAAAUUGUACUCAUUCCAGUAAGGCAGUUAGACACUUGAGUUUUAGCAUUUUACCAUUCCUGAAAUGGAUGUGAUUUAAACGGUGGUAUGUAAAUUUAAUAGUAGUACUGUUGAAUGGCACAAUGAUUACAGAGGUAGAUUGCAUUUUGUCAAUAUAUAAAAUUUAAAUAUAAUAUUGAUAGCUGUCAUAAAGGGGGUGCCACAUACAAAGAAAAUUAAGUGGAACCAGAAAAGAAAAACAACUUCCUUUUCUUCAAUCCUUAGUAUGUUUUACUCUAGUGCUAAAUAAAAAUUCUAUCUUCAAAUAUUUAGUGGGUUAAAUUUAGAAACUAUUUCAGAAAAAAAAAAAUUCUAAAGUUACAGCAUAUUCAAGAAGAGCAUUAAUUACCACUUUUUAAAAAAGCUUUUUUUUCAAACUGCAAAUUUCAUAAAAAUGCGAACUGUGUAAACAGGGCCUCUUAUUUUUAUAACUUGUGUAAAAAGGGAAAGCAAUUCAUAUUUAAAGUUUAAGUAUAUGAAAUUAUAAUCAAGAGUAAAGAAGAUGUUGAAGUCUUAACUACUUCCCCCUCUCUCUGCAGUUUAACGAAUGUGGAGAUUGCUGAAUAAUAUCAGAUUAAAGCCAAAAUUGUGAUUUUAAAAUUUCAAGACUUUCCAUAGUUGAACUGCUGAACAACUUUUGCACAAUUACUCUAAACAGUCUCUCCCAGCUAGCAUGGAGAAUGGUACCACAUAUCUUUCUCUUUACCUGCAGGAAUCAAAACAUUAAGACUAAAAUUCAGAAGAAAAAAUUAGUCCCCCGUUUAAGUCCAGAAGGAAAAUUUUAAUCAUCAUCAUUUAUAUCGUUUGAGAAGGAAAAAAAAAAUCUUUAUAAAUGAAAUUCUGUCCACAUUAUUGUGCAAUAAAUUUCCUUUUAGAUAAGAUUCAUCAUAUGUUAACUAUAAAUCUUUGCCAUUCUCGGGGAAUCAGAGAGUUAUCAAAAAUUUAUGUCAUGAUUUCAUUGUCACAAGGUAUAAUUAAAACUGUAAUUACUCAGUCUGGCCUCACAAUGUGAGGAUUCAGAACGGAGAAGCACUUCUUCUGGGUGGGUCUUGGUUGUAAAACUUUCCUCCUCUACUAUCUGAAAACAUGAAACUUCCUUUAAGUCAUAGACCUUUUAAACAUGAACCAAUUCUUAUUCUAAGUUAUACUAUUAAAUAACUGGAAUUAUUAAGUUGUUGUAUUUAUCAUUAGUUGCUAAAUUUUAUUUUAUGUUCACUUACAUUUGACAAAGAAUCAUUAGUCCCUUUAAAUUUUAGAAUCAAAUUAAAUUUUGUAAGUCUUACUUUUAAAAUGAGAUUGUGACUGGCAAUUGUUUAUAGUGGAACUUUUUAAAUUAAUAUUUGUACUUCUCAAUCAGUGCUUGCUACCAAGAGAAUGUUCAAAAUGAUCUGUUUUAUCUCAGAAGAAUUCCUACUAUUCAAACACUCUCAACUGGCUCCCCAGACAGUCUGGUGUGGAAGUUUUUUGGACAAAUUAUUAAUAUACUCAUUUUAAGUAAAGAUAUUCAAUUUGAUUUUGAAACCAAAAUAGAAUAUGCAAACUUUUAAAUCCCACAAAACAUGGGGAAACAUCAAACACUGAAACCAAUGGAGAGUAAGCAGCAGAAAAUUGAGAAUUAUCCAGCAUACGAAUAUAAAAAUGCGUUUUUAAGUAAUCAAUUCAUAAGGAAAACGUAUUGAGUAUUAACACAAAACAUAUUAAAAAUGUGUAAAUAUUA